AGCGAAAAAAAAGAAGAAAAAAAAAAGGAUUAGCGCAUCAACGCCAAAAAUGGGAUUCAUCGGUUGAACUCAAGAUGGAAUUUUGAUCUCCUCGGUGUUCUUCUUCCCUCCAGAUUUGGUCACUGUCGCGGGGGAAGAGAGAGGCGGAGCAUCGGAAAGCAGAUCGAGCCGGAGGCGCCGCGGCCUCCUCCCCCCCACCGGCGCCUCGGAUCGAAUCGAAUCCAAUCGAAGGAUGGAGUAUGGAAGGAGGAAACCUAUUAGCUUGCUGGAGCUGUGCAUCCGUACUACCAUGGAUAACCUGAGGUAUGUCGAUAACGUGGACGGCGUGGAGAUGGAUCUGCUCCAGAGAAUCCUGCCUCACUGCAAGAUGGAGGACCUGACCCGUAUCGAGAACAAUACCGAGAUGGAUCUUACCCCAGUUACUGAUAAGCUGUGGAAGCUAUUCUAUACGCGACAAUUCGGCGAGGAAAAUGCAAACCAAGUCGUCAAGAGAAUGAGCAUGAGCGGAGCGCGGUACAAGUGGAAGGAUCUCUUCGAUGCCAAAACAAAAAAGCAGAAGGAAUAUGAAGAAAAGAUGGGCCAGAGGCUUGCUAAGAAGUAUGAGGCAGCGAAAGCUGAGAAACAAAGUAAACAAAUUAAAAUUUGUACGAAGGUGCCACCAAGCAGCAAAAGAAGUUUUUUCGGAGGAAGUGGACCCAGCAACCUAUCCAGCUAUAAGAGCCCUAUUCUUAAAAAAGCAAGGAUGGAGGUUAACAGUCAGGCAAAAAUGAAAGCUGCUAUUCAAAGGAAUACUAUAGCAAGGACAUCUCAGCACAUAAGGAUGAACUCAAAUCAUGUACAGCCAAUGAAGACAACGACUAUUCAUAGACCCAAUUCAACCAUUACCAUCACUAAACCAACUGGUCCGAAUAAGCCAUUACAGAGCGACAAACAAACUGGUCUGAAUAGGCCGUUUGAGAGCAAUAAACCAACUGGUCAGAAUAGGCCAUUCCAGAGUAACAAACCAACUGGUCAAAAUAGGCCAUUGCAGAGCAACAAACCAACUGAUCUGAAUAGGCCGUUUCAGAGCAAUAGGCCGAAAUUCUAGAGGAUCAAACCGCAGCAUCGCGUUCUUGACUCCAGAGUUCGCCUUGCUUGUGCAGCAAAAACAUCAAAUUUCUUGUGCACAAGUUGUGGUAGUUUACCAUAACAUGAACUCAUUGUGCUCUAGGAAAAAUAGUCUUGUCUGAAGUUGGCCUCACUGAGCACUCGUAUGUUGUAUCUGAAGAGCAUCCGUUUGGCAAAGGAGAAGCACACCAAAGUGUACCAUAAAAAUAUUGGUUAUAUCUGUAACAUACAAUUUUUAUCAUAUGAGAAAAGGAUUUUAUUCCUUGAUUACUUUUGGAUCC